CAACGCGAUAAUAUUUAUAUUGUCAAAUACCAUUGCCUUCCAGACUAUUAUAAUGCUGUAGUAUGGAGCAAUGGGAAAGUAGGUCCUUAAGAGAAACUUUAAGCUGCUCCUCAAUCCUUCUUCUCCCACUCGUGAUAAUUACGUCCUGAUGACUCGAUACGAAUUAUCAAUUCCUCAAUCACGGCCGCAUCGUGGUUUCCACUUUUCACAUUUGCCCCUUCAACGCCCUUCAUCCCCCUCCCUCCCACAUUUUUCUCCUCCCAGAAACAUCAUAAACAUCAUAAACUCCGCAUAUCUUCCAUCUACUUCUUGACGUUCAAAAACGAAACAAAUCUCAGGGAACAUGGCCGCACUACCAGAAAGUCUCUCUCCAAAGAGACCUGCAGACCUUCUUCUACCGCAGCCACCAAAAGAAGUGCAAAUCCUCGUCAUUAAUCCAAACUCAAAUAGAGAUAUGUCUGUCGGUAUUGGCAAACUAAUCAAGGGUCAAGCCUAUCCUCCGGAGCAUACCAAACUCAUAACCUUUACCGCCUCAUCUGGCCCCACCAGCAUUGAUAAUGAGGUAGAUGCCCUCGCCAGCACCAAGGUCAUAUCCUAUGAUAUCGCACAAGCUACUCCUUACUUCGCCGCCAGGGAUGCCUUCAUCGUUGCUUGUUUCAGCCCUCAUCCUCUCGUUUCCGUACUCCGCAACCACCCUUCCCUCUAUCGGAAACCCGUGAUCGGCAUUUUCGAAGCAAGCAUCAGUUUAUCGCUCAGCAUGCUCCCCCUUUCGGUUCCAGAAGAGUAUGUCGACCUGCCAGCUACUGCCGAUCCGCAGCCCCCGGCACGAAAGUUCACAGGCACCAAAUUCGGCAUCGUGACGACAGGCGCGGCAUGGGUACCCAUCCUUACAGCAGGCGUUAACGACUAUCUCGGUUUGCCAGCCAGCGAGACUUCCCAAUCGGCGAGGUUCAAGGGAGUGGCGAGCACAGGGCUCACUGCGGAGCAGUUGCACACCACUCCACAAGAGGAAGUGAGGGAGAGGGUGGUCAAGGCCACAAGGCAGCUAGUUGCGGAUGGCGAUGUGGCUGUUGUAGUAUUAGGCUGUGCUGGCAUGGCUGGCAUGGACAAGUGGGUUGAGGAUGCAUGUGUGGAAGAACUCGGACGUCGAGCUGCAAGCCUGGUGAGGGUCGUGGACGGGAUUAAAGCUGGAGUUGCACUGGCUGUGGAAGAGGCCAGGCAUAUGAAGCAAUUGGCGUACCGAGAAGCACCUGCAGCUGAUGAUGCCACCGUUAUAGAGGCGGAGGCGUAUUGAGUAAUGGCGAGAGCCAAUGUCGAGAGAGCGAGGCUAGAUUAUCUGUGCUGCCUAGAAGGUUGAAGAGGGACUGUGGAUAGAAGUAGAGGUUAUAGCAGCUAUAAUUAAAAUAAAGGCAUUCAAUUACUGUGGCUAUGAUCGUCACAUUAAUUGUUCGGAAAUACAGAUCAAGAGAUGAUUACUAUUGUCUAAAACUGCUGGCAUCGAUCCUUAACUAUCCACAGUACAGUACAGUACCGUUCCUAUGGAGACUUUGGACAGCACGAGUAGCGACAUGCGAAG